AUAAACAUUAUCAUAGUAGCAUUGGUGCUUCGCUUCCUCACGGAGCCUUGGAGAAGCACGCAGCGUUGCUUUCUUCUUUUGGUGCUACGGGUUGCGCUUUGUAAAAGCAACCAUCUGCAUGGUGCCUGAUGCCCUUGAGCCAUGGUCGCGUCUUACUGCCGACCUGAAGCGCAAGGUGGCUGGGCAUAUGGCGCAAAAUGAUGCCGCUGCGAAUUUGCGGUUGGUGGACAGCGACACCGCUGCCGCUCUGCGCGGUGCAUAUGACACAAUAGCCCUGUCGCGAGAGCAGGAAUCGGAUGAGGGCCCGCCCCAAGCGCAGCAGCCGUGGCCGGGGCACGCCUUCUUGGCACACUGGGGUCGGCCCGAUCCCUGGCGCAGCCUCACCCUGCCUCAGCGCCGGCACCUGCUGUGCCUGGCCGCGUCCUCAGGCCACGGUCCCAGUCUAGAAGCCGCGCUGGCACACUGCGGCUGCCGCAUUCCGCCGCAGGCGCUCACCGCAGCGGCGGCGGUUGGCGACCUGCCUGUGUGCCGGCAGCUGUUCGAAGUCGACGGCGUCGGCCGCAGUCGCGAGGCCACCACCGCCGCUGCCGCCGGCGGCCACCUGCCGGUGCUGCAACUGCUGUUGGACACCCCCUUCACCAGCCUCCGCUUCUUCCUCCUGUCGGUGGCGGCGCGGGGCGCCUGCGCCGGCGGGCAGGCGGGCGUGCUGACGUGGCUGCAGCGGGAGCAGGGGUGCAGGGCGUGUGGCCUUGCCGAGGAGGCGGCACGGGCGGGUCAGGUGGCGCUGCUGGAAGGCGUGUUGUUGCCGCAGCUGCAGGCGCAUGACGCGGCAGAAUCAGCAGAGGAGGAGGGGGCGGGAGAGGGGGGCGCGGCGCCGCCGGUGGGAGGAGGGGCAGCCAUGCGGGCGGCACAGCGGCGCUGGCAGCGCUGGCAGCUGCUGCAGGCCAUGACGCACGGCUGUCCGGUGGAGGUGCUGGAGCGGCACUAUGACGCCCUGUGGGCGUGGGGCCGGAGGCGCCGUGCGGGGCAGGGGCAGGGGCAGCAGCAGCAGCCGCCGCCGCAGCAGCAGCAGCAGCAGCAGCAGCAGCAGCAGCAGCAGCAGCAGCAGCACGAGCACCCGGUGCCGGAGGAGUUUGCGGAGGAAGACGAGGGGCGGGAUCGCAUGCUGGGACAGCUGCUGGCCGCGGCGGCCGGCAGCCCCACGCGCUGCUGGGCUGCCAAGCUGCAGCUGCUGUGCCGCAAGUGGGGCCCGGUGGUGGCGCGGCAGGUUGCGUCGCGGCAGCGGUGCUACCACGGCGUGUGGGAGUGCGCGCACCGCCGCCCCGACUUCCUGGCGCGACUGCAGGCGCUGCACGCGGCCGGCGUGCCGCUGGACAGCGACGCGGUGCAGUGGGCGGCGGCGGGCGGGCACGCCGACGCGCUGGCCUAUCUGUGGGACGAGUGCGGGCUGCAGCCGCCGCCGCAGCCGCAGCCGCAGCCGCAUCAGCAGCCGCAGCAGCAGCAGCCGCAGCAGCAGCAGCCGCAGCAGCAGCAGCAGCUGGGGCUGGAUGCGGCUGCGGCUGCUCGCAAGGAGCACUUGGCGUUCGUGGCGCGCCAGGCGUUGGGGCGCGGCGGCUCGCCGGGGCACCUGGCCGUGCUGCGGCUGCUGCGGGAGCGGGGGCACGUGUUCAGCGCGCAGGAGGUGGCGCGGGAGGCGCGGUGCAGCAGCGACGCGGCGCUGACGUGGAUGGCGGAGGUUGCGGCGGAGGACGGCGGGGCGCGCGGCGGGGAGGGGGGCCCGGGGCAGGAGGCGCGGCGGUGGUGGAGCGAGGCGUGGGCGGCGGCGGCGUGGAAGGGGCACGGCACGACCGUGCUGCGCGCGCUGCGGCGCCGCGGUGCGGCGGUCGGCCUGGAUGCGGUGGCUGCUGGGGGGAGCGUGGAGGCGCUGGAGUGGGCGGCGGAGGAGCUGGAGGCGGAGGGCGGGUAUGGCGCUCUGCAGGUCCUAACGCCCCAGCAGGCGCGAGAGGCCGCGGACAACAUUGCCACCACCGCCUGGCUGCGGACGCGCGGCCUGCUGCAGCCAGAGGAGCAGUAGCAGCAGGUGUUGAUGGCGCGGUGUUUUCGCAGUGGCGGCGUGGAGGGGUGUGCGGCGUGGCGGGGGCGAAUAGGCAUGGAUUUGUGCAGGAUGAGCGUCCACUGUACGCAUGGCUACAGUGUCCACUGUUAUCCGAUCGGCACUAUGACCUCAGGAAGGCCGCUGAAGAAUGUCUGGAGACAUUAGCUAAGAUGGGAGCCCUGCGCCUAGCUGCUGCCAACUCAGCAUGUGCCCCCUUCCUUGGCACGCAUCCUGCGCAUCGAUCUACACCUCC